AUGAUCCUCCAACCACCGUCAAGCCUCCCACGAUUUCUACGAGAAAAAACGACGGGGUAUGAUAAAUUCGGUUCAAUUGGAAGUCAAAGGAAAGGAUGGGAAACGUGGCUGAUAAGGGAAUUGAGAAGGGUCUAUGGGUACGAGAAGCCCGGCUCGCCAAGUCACAUAACCCUGACAAAUCCUCGAGAUAAUAGCCGCGCUCAAGAGCAUACGCUAGGCACCGGUAAACCUGCUAGGGAGGGAGGGGCUAUUAAAGGCCUGGCAUUUAAAUACAGGCGAUAUUUCCGUUGCAGUCGCCUGCUCAAUCCAGUCAAGCUAGAAUCCCAUGAACUCCUAAGGCGCCGAAAUUGAUUCAGCGUCAAGUCACAAGUAGAGCGCGGAACUGGCACAAUUCACUCUCGCUCCAGUCGCAAAGUCUGUGGUGCUCUGCAGGUGUCGUCAACGCCGGACAGUGGCACAUGGAUAGGCACGGCGCUCCCAAAGUAUCCAUAUUCUUCGCUCGAUAAUCAAGGGCACAGCAAUUUCAGGCAGGUAUCCAAUAUCAAAAUUUUCAUGGGUCAACGGCUAAGUGGGGUUAUACCGGCCUGAGCGCCGCCAGGAUCCAACUCUCAGACCAGAAGACCUCCAAAAUUUCCGUGCAAGGCGGCUACCAUGCCUAAUCCGCAAGCACAGCGUUAUCCUCCCAGAAA